AGACGCGGCCCGGACGGUGCUGGAGGCGGAGGAUCCCGGAGCCGAAUGGAGCUCCCGCCUCCCUCCCGCGUGGAGCCCCCAGAAUGUGGGGGUGCGCGCUGGGGGCGCGGGAGUUUCCGGUUCCUGGCCGGCGUGACCUUGGAGGAUGUGGCCGUGCAUUUCUCCCGGGAGGAAUGGAGGCUGGUGGACGAGGCUCAGAGACGCCUGUAUCUGCAUGUAAUGCUGGAGAAUUUUGCACUUGUGUCCUCUCUGGGUUGCUGCUGUGGAGCCGACGAUGUGGAAGCACCCGGCGAACAGAGGGUUUCUGUGGGAAUCUCACGGGGGAAGAAUCCUCAGACAGCCUCGUCUUCCCAGAAGAGACACCCCUGCGAGAGUUGCGGGCCAGUCUUGAGGGACAUUUUCCACUUGGUCGAGCAUCAGGGGACACAGCACAGCCAGAAACUGCUGAGGUGUGGGGCGUGCGCAAAACGAUUUUAUUUCAGUGUAAACGGUCACCAGCUUAAGGAGCAGCACAUGGGAGGGGAGCCCUUCAGACGUCGUGCGGACAAGGCCUCAUUCGUGAAGAGCGACAGCACCCACCUGUCAGGGAAGACCUUGGCCUCUGAGCAGAAUGAGAGGGACUUCCUGCCCAGCUUGGGACAUCGGCAGCCACCGCUCCCUCAUAAAGCGAAGGAGCCGAAGGAGGGCCCCAGUGGGAAGCACCUUCUCAGAGCAGAACAAGCCUUCACCACCCAGGGAAAUGCAAAAAGGCCUUUAACCCCAAACGCCUGCUUGUUCAGGACCAAGAUGUCUAUAUUGCAAGAAAAUGUUUUGUGUGCAGUGAAUGUGGAAAAAUAUUCAGGUACAAAGCCUCAUUUGUUACUCACUGCAGAGUCCACACUGAAAAAAGUAUUUAUGUGUGUGACAAAGGUGGGAAAACCUUUAGGGGACGCUCAACCCUCAGUCAGCAUCGAAAAAUUGAUACAGGUCCAAGGCAGUACACGUGCAGCAAAUGUGGAAAAUCCUUAAGCUACAAACCUGUCCUCAUUAAUACCCAGGAACAACACAGUGGCGAAAACAGUUAUGUGUGUGGUGAAUGUUUGCAACCGUUUAGUCAUAGUUCAGUGUCCAUUGAAUAUCAGAAAGUUCAAACACAAGAAAAACCGUAUAAGUGUAA